CAUACGUAUGGUAGUGCUGCUGAAGAUAUACAUAUAUCCUGAAUAACGAACAACAUCUACCAAGUGCCUCCAUUGGAGAAAGGAGUGAACUUGAGAUGUUAAGCUUCACCUUUACACUGGUACUGCUGGGCAUUCUGUCUGGUGUCUUGUCGCAAGGUUCAGCAUGCCCGGAUGCUGACCCCACCUUGACCCCAUGGAACCCUGGGCACCACCCCAACGCGCAGGUCGUUGUGGGUAGAGGGCAGAACUACCUGCUGCAGUCAUCAGCCACGUUUUAUUCACUGGAAGUCAAAGAUGGGGGAAGGGUUGUCUUUGCUGACUUGGGUAAUACAGAAAUAGUCCUGAGGUCCCGUGAGGUUACCGUAAGUAGCGAUGGAGAGUUCCACAUCGGCAGCGAGACCUGCCCGUACCAGGGGAAGGCAACGGUGUCCCUGUACGGCCGCAAGGACGACCAGAAGAACAGCAAACAGUUCCUGGUCAUGGCAGGUGGGACACUGGAGAUCCACGGGCAGCACAAACUGGCGUGGACACAGCUCACACAGACGGUUCCGGCAGGGGGCCUUCCUAAGGGCGCCUUUGCUUGGGACUCUGAGAUUAGUGGAUCCGGAAGGGGUCGAGGAAUUCACGCGAAUGUCUUCGAUGAAAUAACGGGGGCCGUGGUGGACUGGCAAAGUUUCGACACUCACGGCAGCACCGCCGACAGCCGGAGUCUGGCGACUUUUAUCGACCAAAUCCCGUCUGGGAGAAUUGUGACGCUGCAAACAGAAGACGAAGCAGCAUCAAGACUGGAAGAAACAGCCCGAGAGCAGAUCCGGGCUUUGGGAAGCGUCGAAGUGGAUUCCUUAUCACACAGGCAGCCCUGGGCCUUUGUCGGUGUGAAGGGAGACCCCAGCCGUGCAGUGGAGCAGAAAAUUCCCUAUGUGGACACACAGACCACCGGCACCGCUGCCGUCACAGCCACUUUUAAUGCCUUCUUUGGCUCCUUUGAUAUCACCGCCACAAGUGAGUGGCUAAGAGGUCACAAUCGGUGCACGUUGAAGGUGCAGGGUGCAGGCGGUGGAUACGUCAUCAACCUGAAGGAUGACGUGAGCUCCUGGCAGCCCGGGGACCGCAUCGUGCUGGCCAGCACGGACUACAACAUGGAGCAGGCAGAGGAGUUCCAGCUGCUGCUGUGCCAGGAGUGCUCCAGCCACCAGGUCAAGAUCAGCGGAGAAGUUCAGUACAACCACUUCGGCGAGAUCUCGGAUGACGUCGACUUGCGAGGAGAGGUCGGCCUGCUGACCAGGAACAUCAAGUUCCAAGGGGAGAUGGAGGACAGUUGCUACGGCGACAACUUCUGCCAGUUCUUUGACUACGACACCUACGGAGGACAUGUUAAGAUUUUGGGAGGUUUCAAAGAUGUCCACCUGUCUGGCAUCGAGUUCACCCGCAUGGGACAACAGGUGCAGGGCGCCUACCCUGUCCAUUUUCACAUGGCCGGAGAUGUGGACGAGGUUGGGGGCUACAGCCGCCCAACGUACGUCCGAGAGCUGUCCAUUCACCACUGCUUCUCUCGCUGUGUGACCAUCCAUGGGUCUCACGGGCUACUGGUCCAAGACACCGUUGGGUACGACACACUCGGCCACUGUUAUUUUAUCGAGGACGGAGCGGAGCAGCGGAACGUGCUGGACCACAACCUGGGCCUGGUGACGCGGGCGGGCACGCUCCUGCCCACCGACAGGGACGACAACAUGUGCCGGUCCAUGAGGGACGCGGUCUACGGGAACUACGUUCCAUCGACGAGUGACUGUCGGGCAGUAUCAACGUUCUGGAUAGCUCACCCUAACAACAUCCUCACCAACAACGCGGCUGCAGGAUCUCUGCAUACUGGAAUCUGGUACAUCUUCCACCGUGAGCCGACCGGCCCUUCGGCGGGAUCUCUUCCUCGGUAUGAAGCACUGCGGACUCCUCUGGGUCGGUUCUACAACAACAGAGUACACUCCAAUGGAAUAGAUGGAUUCAUGAUAGAUGAUGGAGUGAAGACCACUCAACCAUCUGCAAACUCACCAGAGGAAUUUCUAUCCAGAACCGGUGGGAGGUACAAGCCCCAUCAGAACGCUGACCUCCGGCAGCCACGUGUGCCAGCGAUGAUCGAGGGUCUCAUCGCCUUCAAGAACAUGGAACAAGGGGCGUGGGUCCGCGGAGGGGACAUCUGGUUUGACAAAUGCGCGUUCGUCGAUAAUGGGAAAGGUCUCACAAUGUCCAGCGAAGGUACAUUCCCUAACGACGAAGGUUCGAGCCAGAAGAUCUGGAACAGCAUCUUUAUCGGGGAGAGUGAGAACGUGGGCACCGCCAGCGGGUCCAGUGUGUGGGGGAUGGGAGGAGUCAAACCGGUGGAGAGGAGCCUGCCUAGGGCCACAGAUUUCCCGAUGCGAGGGCUAGAAGUCUACGACGGUCCCACCUUGGCGGAAAGCUGCACCUUCAAGAAGUACGCCGCUGCCCCGGAGUACAACCGCUGGAGCAGCGCGAUCGGGUUCUUCCUGAACAACAACUGGCAAACAGCGCCGAGGAACAACCUCACAGGGAUCAAGUUUGAGGAUGUUCAGAGCCGCGUGUUUCUCGGUGGUAGAAACCUGCCUUGGUUUCAAAGCUACAGCAAAGAUGGGGACAAGACACAGAUAUUCCACGACGUGGACGGUAGUACCACCGGCUACCCUGACACCUAUGUAGUCGGGCAGGACAACUUUGUGCUGAGGAACCCGGGCUGUGUGGGGAAGUCAGAGUGGCGAGCAUACAUCUGCAUUGGCAAGUAUGCACAGCUAUUCAUCCAUGCGGAAGACCCAGGCAACCUGCUGAUGUCGCUUGUCCGUGACGAGUAUCCCGAUCAUCCACUCGUCAUGAAGGGUACGGCUUCACCAGGCGUCAACGUUAACCAGAAGUACCAGCCUGCAGUCAUGCUGGAGAAGAGCUACACUGUCCACUGGGACGGACGUGCGCCAGAACAGAUCACCAUCUACCCCAUCAACUUUGACAGUGGAGACUGGGUCCGGCUGGGUCUCUGCUACCCUCCACGAACCACCUUCCGCGUUAGGUACCAAAUAAGGACGCGUGUGCCGAGCGCUACCGUUCACAACGAGGACAUCCACUCGGUGUCAAGCUUGAACAAUGUUGAGGGAGGCAAUGGAAAGAUGUUCUACUUUGAAGAAAGCACAGGCCUGUUGUUCCUGAAAGUUCGAGCAAACUACGAUCGGGAAGGCCACAACUACUGUUCACACAUGGGCUGUGAGAGGAUCAUCAUCACGGCCACCAUGAGGAGUGACGCGGUCAGCGACUGUAUGGCAGCAGCUUACCCCACCUACAGCCUGACCCCGACAGAGACCGUCCCCAUGCCGAGUUUCCUGAGCAUGGCCAACGACUGCUCUGGCUGUGGUGCUCCGGAGCCCAUCGUCCUUGAUGACAACACAAAAUUUCUGGAAGUAACCAUUCAGUCCGCGGGGUGGCAGGAGUUGCAGCAAGGCCACAGAUCUUAUAUCGAGAUAGACGGAGUCCGAUUUGGUAACAGCUACCGAGGAUUCCUUGUCAUCAGCGUUGAUGCCCUGACUGGUGUUGUGAGACACGAGAUGACGUUUGACACCCACGGACAAACUGAAGCUGACAUGGCAAUGGCAAGUUUCAUACGGAACGACAUUGCUCCAAACUCCAUCGUUCUUGUGGCCACCAGAGAUGAGCCCAGUCGAUAUGCAGAAGAGUGCCUAGCUGCACUGAAGGAGAUCGGAGCUCAGGAGCCUGUAAAGACAGGCAAUAGAGGCAAUUUUGCCAUGGUUGGCUUUAAGGGCACGGUGUGGCCCAGCUGGAUCCAGCAAGUCAACCUGCCGUCCGGUCAGGGUCCGGCACAGAUCUACACCAAGAUCCCGCUCAUGGCCUGAGUGGGGGAAGGGAGUCUGUCUGAUUCAUCAAUAAAGAGUUGAUGGAUGUGAA